GAGUGCGCACGCGCGUUGGCGGUGGAGGCGGCACCGCGGCACCGACGGGCGGUCGAGUGAGGGAGCUGCUGGCGGGUGGGUCCGGCAACUCCUUGGGAGGCCGAAGCGGGCGGACGGGCGGGUGCUGGGAACCGACCCUCGACUUGCGGCCGGCAGUUUCCGUGGGUUUGUGAAGAAGAGGUCGGCGGCGCCUGCGGGAGCCAGUCAGCUUUAAGAAAGAGCAGAGAUCACUUCUGACUGUACCGAACAGCAAAAAUUAAGUGACUUGAUACAUUGCAUAUCAUGGCACUGCCAUUCCGGAAGGACUUAGAAAAGUACAAGGACCUUGAUGAAGAUGAGCUCCUUGAGAACCUAUCAGAAACAGAACUGAAACAACUGGAAACUGUAUUGGACGAUCUUGACCCAGAGAAUGCCCUUCUGCCUGCAGGGUUCCGGCAGAAGAACCAGACAUCGAAGUCCGCCACAGGGCCAUUUGAUAGAGAGCAUCUCCUUUCAUAUUUGGAGAAAGAAGCAUUGGAGCAUAAAGACAGAGAAGACUAUGUGCCCUACACUGGAGAAAAAAAAGGGAAAAUAUUUAUCCCCAAACAGAAACCUGUACAGACUUUUACAGAAGAAAAAGUAUCUCUUGAUCCGGAAUUAGAAGAAGCUUUGACAAGUGCCUCAGAUACAGAAUUGUGUGACCUCGCAGCUAUUCUUGGGAUGCACAAUUUGAUAACGAAUACACAGUUCUGUAAUAUAGUGGGAAGUAGUAAUGGCGUUGACCAAGAACAUUUUUCAAAUGUGGUCAAAGGUGAAAAGAUUCUUCCAGUAUUUGAUGAGCCACCAAAUCCAACCAACGUGGAAGAGAGUUUGAAGAGAAUUAAAGAAAAUGAUGCUCAUCUUGUUGAAGUUAAUUUGAAUAAUAUAAAAAAUAUCCCAAUUCCAACCCUAAAAGAUUUUGCAAAGGCUUUGGAAACCAACACACAUGUGAAAUGUUUCAGUCUUGCAGCCACCCGGAGCAAUGACCCUGUUGCUGCUGCUUUUGCAGAAAUGCUGAAAGUGAACAAAACUUUGAAGAGCUUAAAUGUGGAGUCUAACUUUAUCACAGGAGCUGGGAUUCUAGCACUGAUUGAUGCCUUAAGAGAUAAUGAAACCCUGGCAGAGCUCAAGAUUGACAAUCAGAGGCAGCAGUUGGGGACAGCUGUAGAAUUGGAAAUGGCCAAGAUGCUUGAAGAAAAUACAAAUAUCCUUAAAUUUGGUUAUCAGUUUACGCAGCAGGGACCACGAACCAGGGCAGCUAAUGCUAUAACAAAAAACAAUGACUUAGUGCGUAAGAGACGAGUUGAAGGAGACCACCAGUAAGUCUACCAAGGUAUAAUCUUUGGAAGACUUCAGAAGAUCACCAAGGGCUCAUGUUGGUGACAUCAGAUGUAAAAUUUUCCUGGGUAGAAGGGAAAAGACUGGAAAAAUUUUUUUAGUGACAUGCAUUUUUUUUUUAUUAUUUUUUUUUAGUUUAAGUUGUUAUUAGUUUCAAAUUGUAAAAUCAGUAAUAAGGUGAUAUUUUAAUAUUCUGAAACAUUUCUACUUUCUGCUAAAAUCAGUUUUAGCUUAAUUGAAUGAUUGAUGAUGAAUCUCGGGUAAAAAAAUAUAAUUGUAAAAAAUUUUACAAGUCAUUUGUGUAGAAUAAUUUGAACAUUGUGAGGACCAAUCUUUUUUAAAUCAACAGGGAUAUUGCUGGUAUCAGAAUUGCUAUUGCUUCAUUUAGAUGUAAAAUGCUUAAGAGCUUUCUUCAUUUCGUGACCUGGAGACUUUUCCAUUUUUAAAAAUACAUGAACUUGGCAACAGUGUGAUUUUUCUUUAUCAAGAGAACAAAAUGCUAGAAUUCUUAAAUGGUUGACUAAAAAUCUGGUCAUUUGUGUAGGAGCUAACGCAGGUCUCCAGGGAGAGAUGGUGGUCAUCUGUGCAUUUCAGGUUGCUGUACUUGUCUGAUGUGAUGCAGCAACACCCAGGUUUUUUUUAAAACAAAGUCAUCAGCUUUACCAGGUUAAAUACUUUGUUUAAAAGCAUAGUGAGGUCUAAGUUCAUUCCAGUGUUUCAUUUUAAUAAUGUGGGCAUUAUUAAAUUUUUGUGAAAGCUAAUGGUAAAAAACAUCGAAGUACAAAAGCUGUUUUCCUCCCCAUAAAAAAAGGCAUACAGCCAACUCUUAGUUAUUUAGAGUAAGAGAAAAAAGAGAACUGUUAAGCAAUGAAGUCAAAGAUAAUAAAUAUGAUGGAAUUCCAGUAGGAGGCACUUGCAAAACAAUCAUUUAAACUGAUGGUUACUGUAAGUCAUUUAGAAGCUGACAUGUAUGUAAAUUACUUGGUGUUACAUAGUAUCCUAAGAAGUAUAUGCAGUGCAGAAUUGCAUAAAUAGUAUUUAAUCACUUCUACAAAUCUUCCAACCAAGAAGGAAAACUGCUGUUCUUCAUAAAUCUGAUUUUUAGUAUAUGCUUCCUUUCAUCUUAUACUUUUAUCCAUAUUUAUAAAAGUCAUUUCUAUAAUAAAAGCGGUCUUUCUUGGUCAAAGUA